AUGGUGCUAGGUCUGUUGGAGGCCCUAAGCGACGAUGGGAGCCUAGUGGUAGCGGAGGGCUACAUGUGGGAAACGGAGCGGCGUGGCUUCCUACAGAUGGGGGCCUUCCUACCGGAAGUUGUUAUCGAAAGGCCUGAUAUUAUCAGGUCGAUACAUGAGGAGUUUGUACUGGCUGGAAGUGAUGUCGUCGAAGCAUUUACUUACUAUGCAUACCGUCAGCAACUAAAGCGCCAGGGCAAGGAAGACAUUGUCGAAAAAUUGAAUAGGGACGCUCUCAAGAUUGCGCGGGAGGUCGCGGACAAACAUGGGAAACUUAUGGCGGGAAACAUAUCAAAUACGCCGCUCUAUGUGACCGAAGAUGCUUCCACACACCAGCUUAUCUAUGAACAGUAUAGGGAGCAGGUGUGUUGGGCGGUGCAGGGCGGGGCAGACUAUAUCAUCGGGGAGACCCACAGCUCGUACGGCGAGGCGGAAAUAGCUCUUAAGGCCAUCAAGGAACACGGCCAGGGUUUACCCGCGGUCAUAACACUUACCGCAUUCUUCCCUGACCGAACGACGGACGAAGUGGUGCUACCUGAAGCGUGCAGGCGACUAGAAGGACUUGGGGCUAGUGUUGUGGGCCUCAACUGUUCACGGGGACCAGACUCCAUUCUUCCGCUCGCCAAGAAAAUAAAGAAGGCAUGCACGUGCCCAGUGGCGUGUUUACCAGUUCCAUACAGAACUACGCCAAAGGAGAUGACGUUCUUUUCACUCGAAGACCCAAGAACUGGUGAGAACCUGUACCCAGCGAAUCUGGACUGUGUUCGGUGCAGCCGAGAGGAUAUCCGGCGGUUUGCGAAAGAGGCCCUUGAGUCGGGUAUCCAGUACGUGGGUCUAUGUUGCGGAAACGCGCCGAACCUCACUCGUGAAAUCGCGGAAGUGUACGGCAAGUGUCCCCCGGCGAGCAAGUACAGUUGUGACAUCACAAAGAGCGUUGUGUUCGGGAAUGACAGCAGCACGUUUAGUGAGCACUCGAAUAAAAAGUGGAACUAUAUGAUGGGUGUAGACUGCUGA